AUGUAUACCCCGUUGAAAAGUAAUACAUUCACAUAUUGGGAGGAGGAAUUUGGUGAGGAUAUCGUGUCCGAUCCAGUAAUAACCUUUGUGGAUAGCGUGGAGACUGGGGAGGAUUAUUUCCUGGGUGGUUGGGGGAUGUUGGGUUGA